AUGCUUUCGUCAAUUGAUAAACAAAUACAAGUUAACUACCGAAAGCGGUUUACAGCAGAUAAAAUUGAUGAUCAUAUAUGGCUCGGUGAUAUCGACUCAGCAGAAAAUGAUGAAGCACUCGAUGCUCUUAAUAUUACACAUAUAUUAACUGUACUUGAUUUUGAACCAAAACUUGCAGAAGACGAUCGUCGUGUACGUAAACAUGUACGUGCUUAUGAUAUUCAUACAGUGGAUUUAAUCGGUGAAUUUGAAUCAUGCUAUCAAUUUAUUGAAGAUGCUGUAUGUAAUAAACAAAAUGUUCUUAUUCAUUGUCAUGCAGGCAUGUCUCGUAGUGCAACAAUUGCUUGUGCUUAUCUAAUGAAAAAAUACAAACUAUCGUAUGAUGAAGCACUUGAAAAGUUACGAGCCAAACGACCAUGCGUAUAUCCAAAUCCUGGAUUUGCAAAACAACUACGUCUUUAUCAUUCAAUGAAAUAUUCGUUUACACCGAAGAAAUCAGCAGCCAAUGGAACUUCAGAAUCUGAUCAUAUUCCUAUGGAAAUUAAUUUUGAUGAGGUUAUUCCACUACCUCAAACUGGUUCAUAUUCAAUUGAAUAUAAAUGUAAACUAUGUCGUCAUGUUUUAUUUACCGAUGCUGAUCUUGUUGCUCAUAUCGGUGGUAAGGGUCGAUUCGAUUAUCAUUCACGUGGUUCAGCAUAUAAAGCAAAACAAAAUGCCGAAUCACAAGACAAAGAUUAUUGUCGACAAGAACUAUUUACUAUACAACCAGAAUGGUUAACGGACGUAUACGAUAAAGAUAUAAAUGAUGGUGACUUGGUAUGUCCGAACAGCAAAUGCCAAUCGAAAUUAGGUCGAUAUUCACUUGUCGGUGAAAAAUGCACAUGCGCAAAAUGGGUUAAUCCAGCAUUUCAUUUUCAUCGAAGUAAAAUUGAUGAAUGUCCGAUUGCAAAGAACAGCCAGAUCGAAGAACUUCUAUUGAAAAGAGCUGCUACUACUUAG